UCCCAUCUCAUCUCACCUCACCUCUCGAUCAUCCAACAACAGAGCAAGCAUCACUCUUCAGGCCAUCACGAUUCCUUCCCUACGCUUCCUCAUGGCCGCCACCGCCACCAGCCAGCAGCAGCCGGCGGCAACACCGGCGGCGGCGGCGGCGGUGGUAGACCCCAAGUUCGAGUGGGCGGAGAAGGCCGGCACCUACGUGCUCCGGCUCACACUGACGGGCUUCAGGAAGGACGACUUCCGCGUGCAGGUGGACGGCGCCGGGAGGCUCACCGUGCGCGGCACCAGGCCGGGCGCCUCCCUCCACAAGGUCUUCCAGCUGCCCGCAACCGCCAGCCUCGACGACAUCGCCGGCCGCUUCGAGGCCGGCGUGCUCACGCUCACCGUGCCCAAGCGCGCCGGUGCGGCGCCGGCCCCACCGACGAGCAUCGAGGAAAUCAAGAAGACUAAACCCGGUGGUGCGGCCAAGGAGGAGAAGGCCAAGCCGACGCCACCCGCAGAGGUCGACGACGCCGCCAAGAGCAUGCCCGCCAAGCCGACGCCACCCACAGAGGUCGAUGGCGCCAAGAAGAUGCCCAGGGAGGAGGGUGCUGCCAAGCUGACGCCACAAGCAGAGGUCGAUGGCGCCAAGAAGAUGUCCAAGGAGGAGGGUGCCGUCAAGCCGCCGCCGCUAACCUCCCACCAGCUGCCAUCCAAGGACGGCGGGGCUGGAAAGAAGGAGAAAAACGGCGCCAAGCAGCCGGCUACCAGGGACGACGGCGGCGAGAAGAAGGAAGCCGUCAUUGGCAGUGAGCCUAAGGAGAGCACGCUCGGCAGGACGACACGUCAGGUCGCGGAGCAUGUUCAUCGCAUGGAGGAGGCCAAGAGGCGCAAGCAAAUUGAGCAUAUGCCGGCGCCGGCGUCGAAGAAGGAAGAAGAAGUGAAGCCCAAGGCACCCCAGCCAGCAGCUGCUGCGAUGACACCAGAGAAGCCAGCGCCGAAGGCAGAGGUUGCCGACGGCGAGAAGGCCAAGGCGGAGGUUGACCCGGAGAGCCUAGCGGAGAGGGUGAGGCGGCGCGGCGAGGAAGAGAGGGCCAAGGCUGCUGCCGCGGCGACGGCCAUGGAAGCAAAAACGGAGCAGGCGAAGAAGGCGGUGGCAUCGACAUGCACGGCCUGGAAGAACCGCAUCGCCGGGGAGCUCAAGGGGCUGACGGACAUGAAGUGGGCGGACAACGCGGUGGAGAUGGCGAGGAGGAACAAGGAGGUGGUCGCCGUCGGCGUCGCCGCCUUCUCCAUCGGCUUCCUCGUCUCCCAGAAGCUCUUCAGGAAGUGAGCAGCGCUGCAUACGUAACAUACACAGACACUGGGUAAAUAUGUACCGAACUAAGCUAUUUGUGUGAUCAGAGUGUACAGAGACAUGUAAAGAUAUGUGUGCAAGUUAAGUGUGUACAUAGAGACAACCAAAGCUGACUGAAGAUUGAUGUGCAACAUACACCUUCGGAUUGGUGCUUUUAUUCACACACAAAAAAAAUCAUACGGCAGUGUGUUUCUCAUGGUA